AUGACUGAAACUGAAACGAAAGUUACUACUGCUAUUGAUGAGGCUCCAUAUACAAACUCACCAGUAGCAGAAAGCAAAUUGCCAACAUCAGUCAACUCUGAUGAAGAUAUCCCUGCUGUUGAUGCUGAUGUGAAAGAUUUGAGUACCCUUGAACCAAAGGAACUUGAAGCGAAGGAAAAAGUGCCAGAAUCACGGAAGGAUCCAAGAGAAGAUCCGAUUGGUUGGGUGAAUUCACUAAUUCCCGGUGCCGUCCACAAGGUUAAUUACCGAUUGUUAGAUUGGGCUCAGCAGCUGGCCAUUGAAGAAGAAGGCAAACGGCAAACAUUGCCUGGCAAAAGUGAUGCUGUCACAAAGAAUCAGUUUUUGUCGUUUCUUCGAGAUGGAUCAUUGCUGGCGAAAUUAGCGAAUCGUCUUCAGCCAGGCACCAUCGAAACGAUUCAUGAAGGAGAUGCAGCGAAAGAUAAGGCUAAUCAAACAUCUAACAUCAACGCUUUUAUCAAUUUUGUCAAAGAAAAAGCUGGUUUAUCUGAGGAGCAGGUAUUCACUGCUGCGGAUCUGCAGGAAAAAGGAAAAGCGGGAUAUCAAGCAGUGUUCAACACACUUAUGCAGCUUGCUCUCAAAGCGCAGGGCAUAUUUGAACAAAAGGGAAUUGAUGUCGAGCAACUCAUACAAACAGCUUCACAAGUGGUUCCAACGAAUCUUGUGCAGACAAUUUUAAAUUUUUUUAGACGAGCACAACCAACUCAGACACCAAAAAAACUUGCAAAAGAAGCAGAAGAAAAGGAUAAGGCGGCUACUAUUGAAAAGGUUGCUGAAGAAAAACAGACAGAAGAUGAAGUGUGCAAAAAAGUUGAUGUUCAAGCGGGCGUUGAUACACCGGCUGUUGCUGUUCACUGA